AUGUAUUAUGGUGUUAGAAAAAUAGAGCCUCAUUACCAAGGGACAAGGGUUAAAAAUUUUAUUAUCUACGAUAGAUAUUACUGAAUAUUAAAAGUAAAAAGAAAAUGCCCUAAGACUUUUAAGCGACAGUGUCUAUAACUAUAUUUCGCAAUAAUGUUGAUCUAACGUAGCCGUAAGAGGAUUGGCGCAAUCUAAAAAAUAGAAAGAACCACGUGGACCCACCGGUUGAAACAAGGCCGCUCGAAAAUAUACGUCUCGACGAGGAAUUCAUCUCGUCACGCGCAUACCGUGUCGUCUCGAAUCCUGAUUUUUGUCCGCGGGGACGUCAUCGUCGUUGAGGACAUCAAGGUCGCUGAAACCUGCUCCGAUUUCCGUGAACCAUCAUCGGUCGCGGUGGCCUUCUCGCGGCGGUGGCAGAAUUUCUCUCUCCGCUUAAUUUCGUCUCUCUUUCUUCCUUCCAGUCAUGUCCCCCUACCACUGGUGCUCGUUUGUCCUCCCUUUGGUAUCGUCCUUCUCUAGAAACUAUCGCGGCCGAAUAUAGCAAGCGUACGGAGUCUAUCAUUAUGCGGCUAUUUGCGGGCACCGCGUGUAGUAACACGUAGGAAUUAAAUCGGAGCUGGCGAAUAGGACAUGCAAAUGCGCGACGAUGACACGAGGCUUUCUAUUCCCCAGAGCAAACGAGAAUGACUGAUCCGAACACGUUCUGUUUUACCAUCCUGUUGAUC